AUGGGUAGCAAAGAUUAUUAUGCCAUAUUAGGUGUUAAUCAAUUGGCAAGUGAUGAUGAAAUUAAACGUGCUUAUAAACAAAAAGCACUUAAACACCAUCCAGACAAAAAUCGUGGUGAUGUGGAUGCUGAGAAAAAGUUUAUGGAUAUCAGUGAAGCCUAUGAAAUCUUAUCUGAUCCGUAUAAGCGUUCUCUAUAUGAUCGUUUUGGCUCUGAAGAAUUACGAAACUAUCUAGGUACAGAUCCUCGUACUCAUUUUCGUUCGUCCGGUAAUCAUUAUCCCGAUUAUGGAGCUACUGAUCCAAAUAGUGAUUAUACAUAUGAUCCAUAUAAUAAUUAUUUUGUACGAUAUAAAGAUCCCACAACUUUCUAUGAUUUAUAUGUUACAUUAGAAGAAGUAAAUAAAGGUGCAACAAGAAAAAUGAAAAUAACACGUAAACGAUUCAAUGCUGAACAUAAUACAACUGUACGUGAUGAAAAAUUACUUGAAAUUCAAAUAAAACCUGGCUGGAAAGAAGGAACGAAAAUUACAUUUGAAGGUGAAGGUGAUGAAGGUGAUGAAAACACUAUAGCAGGUGAUAUUGUAUUUAUUAUUCGUGAUAAACCCCAUCCAAUAUUUGAACGUUCUAAUUCUGAUUUAAUUUAUCGAGUUAAACUCAAUAUAAAACAAGCAUUACUUGGCACAUUAAUUGUUAUUCCAUUUCUUGAUACAAAUAAACCACCAUAUCAAUUACGUUCUCAUCAAGAAAUCGUAACACCACAAACAGAAAAACGUUUUCUUAAUGAAGGCUUACCUUAUCCAAAAGAUCCAUCUAGACGUGGAGAUCUUAUUGUUAAAUUUGAUAUUCUUUUUCCUAAAAUACUUAGUAACGAACAACGUACACUUGUAGAUUGCUGUUUUUCAAAUUCUAUUGAUUCUUAUCUACCAUACAAUUCGGUGCUUCAUACUACAAUUAUUGAACAGACACAACAACAACAGCAACAACCAGCACCACCGCCACCACCUUCACAACCUCCACCACCACCACCUCCUCCUCCACCACAAGCGCAACCCUCACAACAGCCACCGCCACCGCCACAAUCACAACCAACACAAUCAAAUUCGCAAUCACAUCAACAUCAACACCAACAUCAACAUCAACAAUCACAACAAUCACAACAACAAUCAACAUCAUUACCACAGCAACCACAAGUAUCACCACCACAACCACGAUCUGGUCCUAAUUUUACAUCAACUGGCCCACUUAAACAUCAAAAUGCUCCACCCAAUACGAAUACUGCUACGAACAAUUCUAAUACUCAGUAUCAAAAAGUUUUUAAUCGUUAUGUGAAUCGUAAUGGACAUCAAAAGUCACCAAGUUCUCCAAUUAAAAAUCCUAAUAAAAUAAAAAUAUCACCUGUACGCGCUUCUGUACCGGUACCACCACCAGCACCACCAUCAUCACCUGCGACAUCAGUUGAUCGGAUUAUGGUUGAAAUGCAAGAAAAUCGAUCAAUCGAUAUAUCAAAUACAAUUAAUACAGUUAUCACAAAUUGGUCAUCUGGUGGACGAAAUCAAUUUAAUGAACUGUAUAAACAAUUACUUGAAGAUAAUAAAAAUAAAUAUGAAGCAGAACUUGCAUUGAAACAAUUGCUUCUUUCUUUAUGUAAAUCAUGUUUACAAGGUAGUCAAUUAGUCGAAACAAUUAUUCCAAUAUUUACUGAACUUCAAGAGAUUGUCACUACUCCAGAAAUAAUUGGAGAUCUUCUAGCUGACAUUUUAGCAACUCUUGAUGUAGAAUUAUUUCCAAAUGAUGAUACAACAACAAAAGAAACUUAUAAACAACGAUUUUUUCAACUUAUCAACAAAUCGGAACAUAUUGUUUCAACAACAUUAUUGAUGGAACGUCUUGAAAUUGAUACAUUAGAAUAUCUUGAUUUAAUUAUUAGUCGUGAUCAAUUCAAUCAAAAAUAUGUUCGAAUAAAAACACGUCUUUAUUAUAAACAACAAAAAUUUAAUUUAUUACGUGAAGAAAGUGAAGGUUUUGCUAAAACUAUAACUGAAUUAAAUCAAAAUUUUUCAAUAACAAAAUUAAAUUCACAACAAUUAUAUGAUCGUUUAAUGGCAUUAAUUGGAUAUUUUGAUAUAGAUCCAAAUCGUGUACUUGAUUUAGUUAUUGAAUCAUUUGAAUGUCAUCUUGAAUAUACAAAAAUCUAUGUGGGUUUAUUACAUUUACUUCAUUUUGAUCGAUUAACAUUAUGUCAAUUAAUUGGAUUUAAAUUUCAACAAUAUCAACUUCAAGAAGAUACAGCUAGUUCAUUAUAUUUCUUAGCUGCUCAACUUGUUUCAAAUAAACUCAUUGAACUCGAAGAUUUAUUACCACAUUUAUAUCCAUUAAUAACAGAUUUUUCGGAUAAUUACACAAAAGAACUUGAAAGUGCACGAGGACCAAAAAAAAGUUCAACAUCAACUGAUGCCAAUAACAAAUCAAAAGAUUCAAAUACAUUGAAAAGCAAUAAUCAAUUAUUACAUUUCAUCCAAGCAUUAUUGAGCAUCGGUGAUUUAGAACAUGCUUUAUUUUUAUUUGAUAAUCUACCACGAUGGUCAUGUACAUCAUAUCGAGAAAUAAAUACACUCUUAACAAAACUUAUUGCUUAUAUUAUUGAUCCACUUUAUAAAAAUAAUUCGGAUCUUCAUGCUUGUUUCCUUCAAUAUGAGUUACAUAAUCCAUUGAAUUCAGUAGUUUGUUCACGUGAAUUAAAAUUAAUAAAUACAUGGAAUGAAUUUCGUGAAAAUAUUUUUCCUUUAUUAUUACAUCUUGGUGCUUAUUGUCAAGAUCGUCUUUUAUUUAUGAAAUUAACACGUUUAUGUACAAAUUUAAUAAAAAAAUCAAUCAAUGCAGAUGAACAACAAGAAGAUAUACUUUUAUUAAUUGAUGAAGUUCUUUUUCCAAGUCUUUCAUUACUUGAUGUAAAUGGUUGUUUAUCUAUUGAAUUAUGGGCAUUAAUUAAAUUAUUUCCAUAUGAUAUACGUUAUGGACUCUAUGGACGAUGGCAUGAAGAAACUUAUCGAAAAACACCACAACUUAUUUUCGUUAAACAAGAUGUUGCAGAUAAAAGUCGAGCUAUACUUAAACGGAUUACGAAAGAUAAUGUUAAAACCUACAGUCGUCAAAUUGCAAAAAUUACACAUAAUAAUCCAAUAGUAAUUCUUUCAGUUAUAAUGGAUCAAAUUCAACGCUAUGAUAAUUUUAUAACUGUUAUAAAUGAUGCAUUAAAAUAUUUAUCAUCACUUGCAUAUGAUAUUGUUUGUUAUACAAUUUCACGUUCAUUAACAUCUGUUUCACCAGAUUCAUUAUCAGCUUAUAUUGAUGGAAAAAUGAGUCGUGAAAAUGCAACACCAGUUCAAUCAUUUCAAAAUUUAUGUGUUUUCUCAGCAAAUGUAUUUAAAAAGUAUCCAAUUGAUUUUACUUCAGUACUUUAUUAUAUUUAUGAUCAAUUACGUGUUGAAAAAACAUGUGAUUUAUAUUUAUUACGUGAAAUAAUAACAAAAAUGAGUGGUGUUGAAGUUUCACAAACAAUAACACGUGAACAAUUAGAAGCUGCAUCAGGUGGAGAAUUAUUACGUAAUGAAGCUGGACAAUUUACAGCAGCCAGAAAUGUUAAAAAACCUUCAAUACGUUUAAAAGAAGCCUUAUUAGAUAAUCAUUUAUAUUUACCAUUAUCAAUAAUUAUAGCUCAACAACGUAGUUGUAUUAUUUUUAAAUUUGGUGCACAAAGAAUUGAACAUUUAAAAUUAAUUGGUAGUCUUUAUGAUCAAUGUCAAGAUACAAUGGUACAAUUUUUUACAUUUCUAUCAAAUGUAUUAACAACAGAAAAUUUUCAUCAUAAAUUUCCAUCAAUUGAUGAUCUUGUACUUGGAUUUCAUUUACAAGUCGAUGCUGCUUUUCAUAUAUCACGACCAUUAUUUAAUCUUAAUAUUCAAUCAAAAUUUGAUGAACUUCGAUCAGCAACAACAACAACAUUGAAUAGAACUGCAUUGAUUGAAAAAUAUAUUGAAGCAGUGACAGUUGUUAUGUCACCAGUACUUGAUUUUGUUAAAACUCUUCAUCCACAACGAACAUGGGAAGAGAUGACACCACAAUUUUAUUUAACAUUUUGGUCUUUAUCAAUGUCGGAUUUACAAGUUCCUGAACCAGCAUAUAUACGACGUGUUAAAUUACUUGAACUUGAAAUGACAAAAAUUGAUGAAAAAGAAUUGACAGCAGGAAAAAAACGUAAAGAAAAAGAAAAAAUUCAUAUUAUUAUAGAUAAACUCCAUGAAGAAUUAGCAAAACAAAAAGAACACGUUGAACGAGUACGUGCACGACUUGAUAAAGAACGUGAACAUUGGUUUAAAAAUCGAAAUAAAACUAAAGCCGAAACUAUAACUGAAUUUCUUCAAUUAUGUAUUUUUCCUCGAUGUUUAUUAAGUGAAAUCGAUGCACUCUAUUGUGCAUAUUUCAUACGUGUUAUACAUGAUUUAGUAACACCAAAUUUUAGCACAAUUAUUUGUUAUGAUCGAUUAUUUUCUGAUAUAUCAUAUUCACUUGCUUCAUGUUCAGAGAAUGAAGCUAUACGUUAUGGACGAUUUCUUCAAUCAUUAUUAGAAACAGUUAUGACUUGGCAUGGUGAUAGAAAUAAAUUUGAUCAGGAAUGUGCAAGUCAUCCGGGUUUCUUGACUGUUUUUCGUAAUGCUGGUAAUGCAGCAUCGAAAACAACAGGUACAACACAAACACCGGAACAACUUGAUUAUGAUAACUUUCGUCAUGUAUGUCAUAAAUGGCAUUAUAAAUUAGCUAAAAGUUUUAUUGUUUGUCUUGAUUCAAAUGAUUAUAUACAAAUACGUAAUGUAUUACAAGUCUUAACUGUUCUUUUGCCUAUAUAUCCGAAAAUGACAACAUUUUAUGCGGCACUUGAACGACGUAUUAAAUCUAUAUGUGUAGCUGAAAAAGAUCGUCGUCAUGAUUUGUUUGCAUUAGCUAAAUGUUAUAGCGGUCGUUUAGCAAAUAAACAUCGUGAUAUGAUUGAAGAAGGUCAAUUUCAUUCUGUUCCGGAACGAUCAACACCAUCAUCAACAAGUAGUAAUAGUAACAACAAUAAUAAUAAUAAUAGUGCUGGUACGAAUAUGAAUCCUAUUGUUACACCGACAAUCGGUGAUACAAAUAAUGUUAUAGAUCAUCCUAUUUUAUCAGAUUCGCAAUCAUCACAAUCAUCGACAACACGUUCAACAGCAAAGGAAUCAUCUAGUAGUAGCACAACAGCACGAUCGUCGAAUGAUAAAACGGUGAACGCUGCAGGAACAAGCAAUGGAACGACAACAUCACAAAAAUCAUCUUCACCGGUUCCAUCAUCUCAAUCAACUGCACCAACAACAGCGACAUCGACAACAUCUAGAUCAGCAACAAUAAAUAAUACUGAAAGAACAACUAGAAGCAAACAUGAACAUGUGCCCACCAACAGCAGUAGUAAUACGAAUGCAACGACGACGACGACGACAGCGCCUACGACAUCAUCGACAAGAUCUAAUCGAAUACCACUCGGUCCAACGUUACCUUCGUCUACUCCAGCGUCUAAACCUCAAGUAACAUCGACGACACAGAAUAAAAAUGAGUCCAGUGAAACGACGACAACGACUGGAGGGCGAACAAUUAAAUUGCCGAAUAAUGGAACUGAUCGUCAUGAGUCUUCUCAAGCGCCGACCGUCUCUACAACACGUGAAAGUCCGCCAACAACUAGAAAAGAAUCAUCGACAGCAAGCGAUAGACGAACGGCUACUUCAUCAACAAAUGAACCACAACUAUCAUCGACUAAAACAUCCGCAUCGCCUAGUUCACGUACUUCUUCAUCGCGUACUUUUACUACAUCAACACGUAAUGUUACCGCAGCCAGCAAUAACACUGAUGAUUCGAUUCGAAGAUCGGAUCAAACGGCUACGAAUGGAGCGAAUAAUGUAUCAUCAAAAACUACACGAACAGAGUCACCUCAUGAAAAUGCACCAGUGGAAAAACGAUCACGUGGUGGUUCAUCAAAGGGCGAUCGUAGCACUACAUCGCAUGUAGAAGAAUCACGUAAUGGCAGUUCACGUAGCGCUCAUCGUGAUCAUAAACAUGAAUCAAAUAAACGUGCACGCUCCACGACACCUGACAAACGAUCAUCAAAUGGUAGUGGUAGUAGUACUUCAACUCGUCGAUUGAAUCAAACAGCUGAAUCAACAUUAUCAACAACACCUGUACAUCAAGAUAAUGACUACAGUAGUAGUUUAGGUGUUGUCGAUGUAUCUCCAUCAAGUUUAUCAUCAAAAAGAAUUAAAACAAGUGAUACAGUUUCAAAUGGACGAUCAGCACGAAAAGAAGCACGUGAAGAUCGCCAUGCAGCUUCAUCUUCACAUCGAGUAUCAUCAUCAUCAUCUCGUAGUGAACGUCGAGAGAAAUAG